AUGACAAUUCCGAGAAUUAAUAAAAGACAAGUACAUAGAAUAAACGUACAAACUAAUAAUCCUGAAGAAUAUUUUCGCAUAUUGGUUUUUAUUCCAUACUUAGACUCUUUUAUAAGUCAAUUAAAAUCUAGAUUUCUUAAUCAUAUUGAUAUUUUGUCAAGUUUUCACUCUCUUUUCGACGAGAAUUCUACAAAAGAAGAAUUCAAAAAAUUAGCUGUAUUUUAUGAAGAAGAUUUAAAUGGUAAUAAUUCAAUAAUAGAAGAGUUCCAACUGUGGCAAAGGAAACAUAAAAAAUUGGAAAUAAAACCAAAAAAUUCAAUUGAUGCACUGAAGUUGUGUAAUGCAGACAUAUAUCCAGGAGUUAAUAAGUUAUUUCAAAUUUUGUCUACGCUUCCUAUAUCUACGGCUUCAAACGAACGGACUUUUUUAUCACUAAAACGAAUUAAAACAUAUCUACGAAAUACAAUAUCUGAGAAAAGACUUAACGGAUUGGCUAUGUUAAAUAUUCACAGGGAUGUUGAAAUCACUGUGAUGAGUGAUAGAGAGUUGGCAAAAAAAUCUAGACGACUGGAAUUUAUUUUAUAA